AUGGCACCAUCUCCACUUGAUGGAACCCCUUUGGCGGGUUUGGAGCACAAGAUCGGCAUGCUUAUAUUUCAAGACGAAGACUUGAACAUCACCAUCCAUAAGGGUCCCUUUGGGGUUACUAUUCCUGACCGUAUUACAUGUGCUGUUGGCUUGGAGGCCAUAAAUUCAACAUCUGGCAAGCGGCUGCUUGUCAAGGAGGCUGUCAAGAAAGGCGAACUAAUCUGCUCUAGCAAGCCGCUUCUGAACAUCAUUGAUGAUGAUAACACGCUGAAGUACACUUGCGACAAUUGCAUGGUCACUCAGAUCAAUGAGAUGUCAUCUCGACACCGAACCACAUCAACCACACUGCCAGAGCUUAUUGCAGAUGAAAAUAUCAAGUUCCUCGCCUGCGGUAGUUGCAAGAUUUUGUACUACUGUAGCAAGAAAUGCCAAAAGGAAGCUUGGAAGGACCACCACAAGUUCGAGUGCGGAACCUUCACCAAGAUGCAAAAAGUCGGCGCCGGAGAAGCUUUGGGCAAGAAGAAGACUCGCUUCCUCAUCCGUCUUCUGGAGUGCCGUGAGAGAGGCAGAUUGUCAGAGUCAGAGUGGACCGAGGUACUCAGAUUACCUACCGGUAGAAAGUCCAAGAUGGCAAUGAAGCCUUUCGACGAUGUGGCCGUGGCCGUUGCUGAGAUCGUCAAAGCCUUCGUGGAGACUAAUGUCAGCGCGGACAAAAUCGUCGAUCUGUUUUGCAUGAUGCAUAACAACCAAUGCGCAAUCUCCAUUCCUCUCAUCAAAGGCUGCCGUAUGCACGAUCCCACGGUCCCAACCGAGUGCAUGGUCGGAACCAGUCUCGAACCAUUCCUGGCUUACAUAUCCCACGAGUGCAUGCCAUCUGCCAGAAUCGUCCAUGAAAGCGCCGAGCUCCGCAUCAGAGCUUCACGAGAUAUCGCUGCCGGUGAAGAAGUUACUCUGUGCUACACCCCAGAAAUCCGUGACUACCAAGCCCGCAAGUCAAACUUGAAGACCUUUGGUGAGAUUGACUGCAACUGCGUUCUCUGCCAGAAGGGCGACUUCGGUCCACAGGGUCCCCUCCGGGACCAGGUCCGAGCAUUGAAGGAUAUCGAUCUGGCCACGUCCCCUAACCGUAUUGGAGACGUCAAACUUGGUAUCCAAGCAAUGCUAGAUGCUGGUUUCGGAUGGGGAGCUGAUCCUAUGCGCGAGUUACACCAGCAGCUCCUCCGUGGCUAUUUCGCCAAGAUGAACGCCGUCGAGUGCCUCAAGAUCGCCCUCAAGAUGCGUUACCAGAUCGAGCCUGCUCAAUACCCACCAACAUCCAUGCAAUCCCGCAUCGAGACCCUCUACGUCCUCCAAUCCUUCUUGAACUUCCCCGCUCCAGGAGCUUCUAAGCUAGGCGAUCUCCCAAUGAAGGUCAAGGAACUUGCUGCCCAGGUCAAUUUCAAUCUGAGAGACAUGUUGGCUAGGGAUGUUGCUCAAUGCUUUGGAUCUGACUCGAUGGUUGCGAAUUUUGAGAAGGACUUUGCGGAGAGACAGGGUAUUGAGUUCAACAAACACGUCCAGAGAUCUAGCAAGCGAAAGCUUUAUAAGUAUGUUCCUCUAGGCCAGAGUGAGGCUGCUCGUGUCAAGUUCGUCAAGAAUAUGAAUGAGCUGCUGGAGUGGGCUGGCUUGGAUGCUUUGGAGGCUAAGGAUCUGCUAUAG